AGAUGGCGACAUGUGUGUGUUGUCAGUUAUGAUGGUGAAGUGGAAACUUAGAAGGUUUGUGAUCUAUUGAAAUGUGUACAGUGUAUAAUGUCAGAACAAAGACGUGCUACAUUAACACCGUUUGGAAAGAGUGAUAAAAAAUCCAGCAAGUCACCUCAAAAAACUGUUAGGUUAACCUUUACUUUAUCUGAUCCCAAUGAAAAUUCGUGUCCUGUGUUCGACUAUGUUGCAGCUGUGAAGACGGAAGAGCGGAAGAAAUUAAAGAAGCAUAGAGAAGAAAAGGAUAAAAAACCCAAUGGAUGUCUCGAUCCUUUUGAAGAUAACGACGAAGACGUCAAACGUAUUGCCCGACAAUUUGAGGCCAAAUAUGGCGAUAGGAAGAAGCUCAAAUCUUACGCAGAACUCGGAGCCGGCUACGAUGAAACUGAUCCGUUCAUCGAUAACACGGAUGCUUACGACGAGACACUUCAGGAGGAUCAGGAGACGGCAUGGGGAGGCUACUACAUCAACAGCGGACCUCUGGAACUCAAGAGGGUGGAAGUGUCGGACCAAUCGGACGCGGACGAGGUUAAGAAACGAGGGCGAAAGAGAUCGCUUCCGGUGAUAGACGAAGAAGAAGACGAAGAGGAGGAGGACGAUGAAGAGGACAAAGAGUGUGAAGAAGAAGAAGCAGAAAAGGAAGCCGAUGAAAAUGGGGAGGUAGAGGAGGCUAAACCAGUUUUUGAAAAUGGUCCUCCAGAACCGAAGAAAACAAAACUUGAAGAGGAGAGGCCUGAGCUUGAAAAGCCGCCUACUCCAAGCUACAACGGAGUGAGCGAACACCUCUCUGUGAAGAAGAAAAAGAAAAAGAGAAUGGUCAUCGAAGAUGACACUGAUGAGACUGGUAGCAAAAAUAAAAAAGCCAAAACCGUAAAAGCUCUUCUGGAAGAGAAAAGGAUACAAGAGCAACCAGUGAAAGCCCAAGAAGAACCAAAGAGGCAGGUGGCAAGCGAGACCAGUAUAGCCGAAGCAAUUGAAUCUGUCGUCAAUGCUGGACACAAUCACGACGAGAAUUCCAACAGCUCAACCAGCUCACAUUCUGCCCCAACAGGCUCAUCGUCUGCGUCGGAAGACAGUCAAGACGGCAAGCCGAGCGCCUCACCCCCUCCACUACCUGAGAAUCUGUUACCUGAGAUAACAACGUUGGUGGAACAGAUCAAGCAGACCGCUUCCACCACGGACAACACUCGGAAAACAUUCCAUCCAGACAUCAACACAUGUUUGAUUAGGUUGGAGUGGAAGACGAGAGAGUUCUCUGCGGCAAAUCGCAACAUGUUGUUCGCUCAUCUCGCUCACCACAUGCCGUGUACGAAGGACACUCUGAUGAGACGGGCCAAGAAACUCUUCUUGGAUAGAGAGGAAAGUCAAAUAGACAACAUCGUCUGCAAGCUAAAAGCAACCAUAGACGCCACCAUGCCCACUAUCCUUGAAAAGUACCAGAAAGACUGUCAGAAAAUCGCAGAGGAAAAGGGUAUUCCUGCAAACGAUAAUACACCUGGAGGAGAUAACCAAACUCCAAGCCCCGGUGAUGCCAAAAUGCCCAAGAGAAAAUUCCCUUGGACUGACGAAACGAGAGGUUAUCUUCUCAGCAUCAUCAAAUGUAAGCAGAGGUGUUAUAAGGUUUGCAAACCGAGGAAGAGCACCUGGGAAGAUUAUCUGAAGACAUUCCUCCACUCUGCGAUACGACCGCUGUGGCCGCCCGGCUGGAUGAAAACCUCCGCAUUGAACAAGGAGUUCUCUCGUUCACCCAGUAAAUCCAAAAGCUCUUCCCAUCACCUCGGCAAGGUGGAUUUGUCUCGAACACCGAGUAAUGCUUCUUCUUCUACCAACAACGGCUUGGUGAACGCCACCCCAUGUGGAGACAGUUCACAGAGCUCAACCCCGCUUGCUGCAAAGGCCGGAGCCGAUCCGAUAAAUCUUCUUUCGAAAAUCACCUCUUCGUUCACCCCUACGAGCCAUAAGAAAUCUCCUCACCCGAUUGAAAAACCCGAGUUCUCGAUGGAUUGUCUUCUCAAAAGGACUAGCGAAAGCAUUCCCGACUACAACACCACCUUGAUAGAUUUGAUGAAGAAUGAUACUUCACUCGUUAACGGUUUAUCACUGCCUUUAAAUGUAAAUAAUCAAAAUAAGAACGAUAAGAUUCUAGACUUGUCAAGUGUGAGUGUGAGUUCGAGCAAUGUUACAACGAGUGUUAUUCAGAGCACGAGUGAAAGGACAGGUGACUCGAGUGUAAGAGUGAGCGCUUCGGAGAAAGCUUUUAAUCAUACUUCACCUAGCGGGAAAGAGGCCAUGUCUCAUGUGCCGUUAAAUCGUAAACAAAGACUGCUACAGAGUCCUGAAUACAACAGGAACUGUGAAUCUUACGAUUCAGUAAUUAAACAGACUGAUACGAGAUACCAGUCGCAAGGAACUGAGAAGAGCAAGUGCAACAGUGGCGGGGCUGUAGCAGUGAGUGAGAAGCCCCCGCCGAGAGAGAGAGACACAGACAAAGAGACUACGACGGCUACGGACAUCUUGAGUCAGAUCAUCAGCGAGUCUCUGAUGUCACCUCCGCAAGUUCCAUACAACCAACCUCCUGUGAAGCCCAAGGAAGAAGUGAAGAACCAAGGAGUCCUUAAGGACCAGGAGUUGUUGUACGACGUCAUGCAGGAUUUGAAAGAGCUUAAUCACCUUAGUAGUGGCGGAAGGGACACCAAGAGCACCAGUUUUACCGGAGCUUCGUGGUCUUACCCUGCCAAAUCUUUGGACACUCCCAAAACUACUCCGUACCACGCAGAGUAUCUCAACUAUCUACAACACUCAGGGACUCCUAAAGACACUCACGCCACACCUCCCUCGCCCCAGUUGCCUUACUCUAGGCAUAAUACCAGCCCCUACGAUAACUCGGCAUAUGUAAAUGAAGUUAGUAAAUCCUUGUACAGUCACCCGUCUCAUAGGAGUAAUCAGAGCUUACCCUCACUACCUUCAACGCCCACUAACAAAUCAUCACAUAUGAACCAGAUGAAGAACCAUCCGAACACAGGCAUUUCAACAGGCUUACCACAUAGGUUUAUGGGACAGAUGGACUACAACAGUGACGAUCCUCAUCUAAUGGGUUUGGCGUCCAGUUUGCAGUACGGCCUGAGUAACUGGCAAUACCCAGGAAGUGAAUCGCAGUCGCAGUCUCACCAGUGAAUCCAAGAUUAACCAGCUGUUAACAGACACAGAUUAUAUUCUUUUAUAGAGAAUUAAGAUUUACCAUUUAGAAAUUUAUAUAAAACUAUAGUAUUAUUAUAUUCUCAACAGAGCAGGCCAAACAGUUUCGUUCUCCCAAAUUUGGAUCAGAAAGUAAUUGGUAGACUCAGUUGUACCGAUUUAUGUGUAAUUCAAGAAUGGCAGACCUGCAAGUCAAGUUUUAUUAUGCUUUAAAGAUAGUAUGCAGUUAUGUAAAAUUGGAAAAAAAAUUGUGAGUGAAAAUAAAAGUGAUAGGCUAGUCAUUGUUGAUUUUGUGGAUGUUUAUGAAAUGUCUCUUUAGUAAGCUAGUCUUCAUGCUAAAACUUUUUUCAUAUUUAUAAAAAAAUGCAAAAGAAUGUUUUGAAAACUACAUUUUUUUGUAUUGGGUGUACUUUUUAUUGUAGGAAAAAAAGUAACUAAAACUGUUUUCUGUCUUCUUUGAAUGACUAAAUUAUUCAUUGAAUAAUGUUUUUUAGGCUUGAAUUCAAGUGGGAACCGUGUUAGAAUAAAAACUCAUCGAAGCUGAGAUUUUUUUAAACAAGCUGAAAGUAAUGAAUUCUGAAUACUGAUGCAACUGAAUCAUACAAUAAGAGUCUACCAAUAUUUUCCCCUUCUUGUUUACUUAGUAAACAGAAUUCGUGAAAAAUAUAACUGCUUUAUUAAAGUUAAGUUUUGAAUUUAAAACACUGAUUUGAGUCAUUGUGGUCACGUCUUUAUUGUCUCGUCUGUUUUUGUUCUGUAGCAACAAUUUUUUACAAUUUAUUUAUUAUUAAUAUUCUUAUAUUGUGUUUCCAUUGUAUUUUUAUCGCCUGUGGACAUGGCCUGUGUAGAUGUAAUUUAUUUGAUUUAUUUAUUGCAUUUUAUUUAUUAUAUUUAACUGUUUGUAUUUAAAUCAUCUACGAGGUUUGUUUCUGAUUUGUAACGUGACGAUGAAAAAAUGUUAACAAAAACAUAAAAAUUCAAUGCAUUUUGUAGAAAAUUCGUUUAAUUUUGUAUUUGGUAAAAUAUUAUUAGUAUAUAAAAGUUCCUUUGCAGUGUUAGAUUAUCAGACCAAUAUCGUUUUUAAUUAUGUAAGAUCGUGUUUUCCUUUUAAAAAUCAACACUGUUUAGAAUUUUGAGCAAAAGAACUGUUUGGAAUAUAAUAAAAUCAUUAAGACUGUAGGUUAAUAGGUUUGUAUAUUAUAUGUUGUGUAUUUUGUGUUGUAAAGUAAAUGUUUAUUUCCCUGUUUUAGAUUUUGUAUUUGAAAACCAAGAAAUAUAGAAACAUUAAUAAGA